UUUGGGCUGUUAAUCUAAAUCCAUUGUACCUGGCUGGAAAAGACCCUGUGUGCAAUGCUCCCUGCCCUUGCUGCAUCCUCACUUGAAUGUCUAUUAGCACCUUCCUUCCCACUCCCCUGAGUUCCCUCUGCCAGGUAGAAUAAAUAUACAUAACUUCCAUUUGAAAGCCUUUGAGAAAAAAAAUAUGUUGUCAAGGGAAACUCUUCUAGCAUUUCUUAUAGACAUGCUUGAUGUGUUUUAUAUUUUAUUUUUACUGUCAUAAAUGCAUAUACCAGGGAUUUUUUUUCUCCACAAGAUAGAUAUUAAUUUGAACGCCCAACACCCAGCUCACACUGGGCUUGUGUAAUUCUGACGGUUGUCUCAAAAUAGCUUACAAUAUAUUUCAACAUCUAUCAGAAAGAGACUGGCUUGAUCUGUUCCCUUUUUCCAAUCAUUCAUGGAAAUUUUGGGUCAACUAAAGGAAAAUUUUGCAAAUUCACUUUCUCCCAGACAGGCACAUUUGUAUUCUCUGUCCGUUGUGCUUUUAAAUAAAAAUCACCCGAGCUUCCAAAGUGAGCUUCUGUUUCCCAGCUGGUUCCCCUGCAAAUGUGAAUGGGGUGCACGCUUUGAUGGUCCAACAGGGGAGAUCACACUGGGUCCCAGUUCAAAGCCCAGUUCUCUUCUAAAGCUGAGCUUAGCUGCUUGUGGAACAAAUAGGCAAGAGAGUUAUAAAACUAUUAAUUGCUGCUUUAGAUUCCUAGAUGAAAGCUGUAUGUGGGCAGAAAUAAUUUGGUCUAUUCAUAAGCGAACAUCAUAAAGGAACAUCUCUGGCAGCUCGUGACCCUUCUCCUGAGGCUGCUUCCAGUGCAGGAGGGAUGGAGGGAUUUCCCUGGGUACAAAACUUGCAGGGUCCCGACACCCACCUUUAAAUUUUGAGCUGGGAGAGAGGUAGGAGCCAUCCCCUUCUGGCUGUCAGGGUUUGGCACAUCUCACCCAGAGCCACAGCUGUGCUCUGGGGAUGGUCCUGCUGAGCUGGAGCAGUGCUUCAGGCUGGUCCUGCCAUCCUGGGCUGUCCUGUGCCCCAGCUCAUCCCCCAAACCACCUUGCCUUUGAUUCUGGUGGCCUGACCUUUCAGAGAGGCUGCUCUAUAGGGAGGGUGCAGAGAGAGUCUGAGGCUGGUUUUGGGAUCAGCUGGAUCCCACAGAUGCACCUCCAGGGCCCCCCAUCUGUGUGUGUGUGCUUAUAGCCUGAAUGCAUGAGCAUCCUUCUGGAAGGAACCUGGAUUAGUCAUCCCUACCCCACAGAUGGGCUGUGUGAUGUCUUCUCUGCAAAAGCUAAUCUGACACUGAAAUUCCAAUUUAUCCCGGAAAGAAGGGUUUACACCCCUUCUUCUCCCUUGCUUUUGGCUUAAGCAUUAAAAAUGGAUCCUUCUCCUUCUUCCCCCCCAUUUCAAAGGCAAGACAUGGAGUCCAUUAAGCUCUGAGGUUUAUGACCAGCUGGUUGCCUCCUCCAGACGUGGUGUGAUGGAAGUGCUGCUUGUGGUGCAAAGCUGUGUCUUUAAGGAGCCCCGGGCUGGGAGAUGCAGUGGAGUUCACAGAUGCCUUUGCCAGGCUGUUUCACACAAAUCUGGCAUUUCCUGCACCCACAGCCAUGCUCAGCUUAAAAACACCUCCAGGGCUUAACCGUGGCUCCAUUACCUGUUCCUCUGCAGCUCUGCCCUGCCCUACAGGUUUAGAGGUGACUGUGUCCUCCAGGUCCCUCCCAGUCUGACAGAUCUUUUACACCGAGUUUCUCAGACUGGAAAGCAGGCAGAGCCCUGGUGUUUGCCCCAUAAAUCCUGUGAGAUGGCACUGCUGAGGAAGAGCUCACAGGACUCCCCUGGGUGUUGUGACCCACCUCGUGUCCCUGACCUGGCCUUGGCCCUUGGUGUGACACCAGGCUGUUCUGUGUGGGGUCUGCUGGCACCUCAGCAUCACUGCAGGGGCCGCAGCCUUUCUCCCCUCAGCUCCUCCUGCCUGUUUGUGCCCUCUGUCCCUGCAGCCCCUAAAAGCUUGGAAAAAUUCUGUAGGUGACAGAAGACAGGAAAAAAUGUAAUUUCUCCACCAAAAGGGCAAAGCAGUGUCCCUCAAACCCCCCUACUCUGUGCCAGGAGCAGGGAGAUCCCAUGAGUACAGGGCUGCUCUAUGUCCUCUGGUUGUUUUGAUAAAUAAGGCAGGUAGAAAAAUCUGAUUUCAAGGUGGUGCAUAAAGAUCAAAAUGCUUUUUAUUUGCCUUUUUGCUCUAAAUUUCUGGUCAAGACAGGUAAAUUCAUCUGCAUCUGGGAAUGCUUCUUUUUCUUUGAUGCUUUAAGUGUUUCUCAUUAGAAAAUAAAAUUUCUGCUGCACAAAAAAGCCCAGCUCCCUAAAACUUAUAAAUCCCUAAAAUGCAAUAGAAAUCAAAACUCUGGGUUUUUAUUUCCCCAUUGACAUACAGAUUUUAUUCAGUCAUCAAUGAUUCUGAAUCAUGUUUUUGUUAUGUUUCAACAUAAUCAAAAUAAUCUUAAUAUUCUACAUGGCAGAACACACAAGACGAAACAAAACAGGCAGAUGAAUUGUUUUGACACUUCUUCCUCUCAAAUUCUCCUUAAAAUCAACACCUUCUGUGACAAUACUUUGAUUUUGGCAAAACUGUCUGUGCUGCUGGAAAGAUUGCACCAUCUAAGGACUUUUUGACCAGGUCUAAUUAGUGGUGAGGGUAGUGGGGCUACAAAGCACUUUGGCAGAAUCACAGCAGUGGUGAUUUGACAAGAUCUAAUUCUUCCUCCGGGAGGCCCUCUGGGGAAUAAAUCUUCUCUUCAGUGACUAAUUACCUGUUUGAAGAAGGAGAGCCCCAUGGGUGAUGUGCUGGAGGUAAAUUAAACUGCCUUCCUUAGGCCAUUAACAACCUGCAGAGGGAGAAACUUUAGCAGGUAAAAAAGCAAGGAAAAGUUUCACAUGGAAAAUCAUUGGCUUUUCUUUUUUUUAGCUUCCAUACCACAGGAGAACAGCAGUCUAAAGCUGAUUUUUUCCCCUUCUCUCUCCUUGGUCCUCACUUCUCAAAAUGCAAACAUCCCUCCUCAUUCCCCAGGGUGCUUCUGCAAGGAGCACCCCUCCAGCCCUGCUGUCUCAUCCACAGGUGGAACCCGCUCCUGCUCUGCUGAUCAUGGUCAACAAGACCUUAAACUACUGGGGUCCCAGUUUUGAGGAGGACGUUAUCAACAUCAACGUGGGCGGCCUGCGGCGGCGGCUGAGCUCCAGCGCGCUCUCCAAGUUCCCCGACACGCGCCUGGGCCGGCUGCUCUCCUGCGACUCGGAGGAGUCCAUCCUGCAGCUCUGCGAUGACUACGACGUGAGCGCCAGGGAGUUCUACUUCGACAGAAACCCUGGCUUCUUCCUCUACGUCCUCCACUUCUACCAGACGGGCAAGCUGCACGUCAUGGAGGAGCUGUGCGUCUUCUCCUUCUGCCAGGAGAUCGAGUACUGGGGCAUUAAUGAGUUCUUCCUGGACUCCUGCUGCAGCUACCGCUACCACGAGCGCAAGCUGGAGAGCCGGCAUCACAACUGGGAUGAGGAGAGCGAGGUGAGCAGCGUGGACACGUCCCCUGAUGAGAUCUCUGACAUCAACCACGACCUGCUGCGCUACAGCACGCUGCGCUGCGGCAACCUGCGCAAGCGCCUCUGGCUCACCAUGGAGAACCCCGGCUACUCCAUCCCCAGCAAGCUCUUCAGCUUCGUGUCCAUCAGCGUGGUGCUGGUGUCCAUAGCCACCAUGUGCAUCCACAGCAUGCCCGAGUACCAGGAGGUGGAUGAGAAUGGCAAUGUGCUCGAUGAACCCAUCCUGCACAAGCUGGAGUAUUUCUGCAUCUCCUGGUUCACCUUCGAAGUGUCCUCCCGCCUCCUGCUCUCACCCAACCCCAGGAAGUUCUUCAAGCACCCACUGAACCUGAUUGACAUUGUGUCAGUGUUGCCCUUCUACUUCACCCUCCUGGUGGACGUGACCAUGGGCAGUGACUCGGAGCUGGGCAACCUGGGCAAGGUGGUGCAGGUGUUCCGGCUCAUGAGGAUAUUCCGGGUGCUGAAGCUGGCUCGGCACUCCACCGGACUCAGGUCACUGGGGGCCACCUUGAAGCACAGCUACAGGGAGGUGGGGAUCCUGCUGCUCUACCUGGCUGUGGGGGUCUCUGUGUUCUCUGGCGUGGCCUACACUGCUGAGAAGGAGGAGGACGUCGGCUUCGACACCAUCCCGGCGUGCUGGUGGUGGGGCACGGUCAGCAUGACCACCGUGGGCUACGGGGACGUGGUGCCCGUCACCGUGGCGGGCAAGCUGGCGGCCUCGGGCUGCAUCCUGGGGGGCAUCCUGGUCGUGGCGCUGCCCAUCACCAUCAUCUUCAACAAGUUCUCCCACUUCUACCGCAAGCAGAAGGCGCUGGAGGCGGCCGUGAGGAACAGCGGCAAGAAGGAGCCAGAGGAGGGCGGCAGCGACUCCGAGGCCCUGAGCGAGACCUCCCUGGACAGGCCCAGCCCCGAGCGCCGGGGCCUCACCCCCGGGGCCCAGCCCAGCCCCUGAGCCCCUGCUCUGCCCCCUGUGUCCCUGGGGCAUGAGGGACAUGUGGGACCCACCUGGGGCCUAUGGGACCUGCUGGGACGCACCUGGGGCAUGAGGGACAUGUGGGACCCACCUGGGGCCUAUGGGACCUGCUGGGACCCACCUGGGGCAUAUGGGACCUGCUGGGACCCACCUGGGGCACUGGGACCCACCUGGGGCACUCAGGACCUGCUGGGACCCACCUGGGGCCUAUAGGACCUUUUGGGACCCAUCUGGGGCAUGAGGGACCUUCUGGGACCCACCUGGGGCACAUAGAACCUGCUAGGACCCACCUGGGGCCUAUGGGACCUGCUGGAACCCACCUGGGGCAGGAGGGACCUGCUGGAACCCACCUGGGGCACACAGAACCUGCUGGGAGCCACCUGGGGCACUUGGGACAUGUGGGACCCACCUGGGACAUGUGGGACCUGCUGGGGACCCACCUGGGGCCCAUGGGACAUGUGGUACCCACCUGGGGCACUCAGGACCUGCUGGGGCCCACCUGGGGCAUGUGGGACCUGCUGGGACCCACCUGGGGCACAUAGAACCUGCUGGGAGCCACCUGGGGUCCAUGGGAACUGCUGGGACCCACCUGGGGCAUGUGGGACCUGCUGGGACCCACCUGGGGCAUGAGGGACCUGCUGGGACCCACCUGGGGCACAUAGAACCUGCUAGGACCCACCUGGGACAUGUGGGACCCACCUGGGGCUUGUAGGACCUGCUGGGACCCACCUGGGGCACAUAGAACCUGCUAGGACCCACCUGGGGUCCUUGGGACCUUCUGGGACCUGCUGGGACCCACCUGGGGCCUGUGGGACAUGUGGGACCCACCUGGGGCCCAUGGGACCUGCUCAUGGUGAGCACACCACGGUGCAGGAGCCAUGGCUGGCAUCACCCUGUGAAGGACAGGAGGGGUUGGAGGAGAUGCCCAGUGGGUGCUGGCUGCUUCCAGACGUGCCUGGAUGUGUCUCAGCCUUCACCUUGCUCACCCAUGGCUGCAAAGGGAGGUUGUGAUGCUGGAUAUACCCCUGCCAGAAAAGGAGGUAGAAAAUAAGAGAUACAAGGGACCCCUGAUCAGGUGCUGCCCCAGGUGUAUGGAGAGGAAUUUUCCUCUGCCCUAGUGUUUUGUGUUGUCCAGGGUGAGGUUAAAUAGCUCAAGGAUGAGGCAGCCCUCAACAGGCUGGCAGCCCUUACAGAUCUGUGCUGUGUUGACAAUUCCAGCCCCAGCCUUGUCCUACCCCCAGCAGGAAACAGGCUCAAAAGGCUCAAAAGGCUCAAAUGCCCCUGCAGCCAUAAAGGAAAUGGGAAUGAGCCUGUAUGGGAGGAGAGGCAGUGUCCAGCUCAGGGUGAGCCCCCCAUGGGGUGGGAUGGACUGAACCCCACCUUUCCAUUGUUGGGAUUUAUCUGCUCUCCUGCACUGCCACUGGUGGGACCUGCAGGGAUGUGGGGCUGUGCUGGGAGCGGGGCACAGCUGGGAGCACUGCCCACAUGGGGCAGGGACACUGCCCACACACCUGGGGGUGGCCAGGAGGGCAGAGGGAACACUGAACUCUGAGGCAGCACAGUCAAAGGGGUCAGGCUGGGGGAGCUGAGGAGCCAAUCCCAGCGGGGCUGUCCCCCAAACCCUGCUCUCCCUCACCACAGCCCCUAGCCUGGCUGUGUCCUGCCUCUUCCUUCCCUGUCUCAGGGCUGUAAGGAGGGGGUCACACUGCCCAGGUGUCCUCACAGGGAGCUGAGCCCCCCGAGUGCUGCUGCACUCACCUUCCCCCUGCAGGGAGAGAGCUGGGGCAGAGGGGACCUUGCGCUGCUUUUGUCACCACGGCCUCUGAGCCCCUCACAGCCAGGCAGGGAGGCCAGCCUGGAACACAAACCCUUCCUGCCUGGACCCCAGCCCACCUGAGCACCUUCAGGGCACAGCAUUAACUCCCUACAGAGCUUUUCCUCUCCCUCCCACCCCUGGUCUCUGGAAAUUGUGCAGAUCCGUUGCACACAGAGAAGUACACCCAGCAAUGCCUGUUUCACAGGAGAAACGUGCAUCCCACAAUCCCAAAGCACCUCAAACACACUUUAAAGGCUGCAGGAUGACCCCAGGUACCUGGAUCAUGGCUUUGCUGCUGCUUUCCUGGCUGGUUUUCAGCACAGCUCUAUUUGCUGGUGCUGGCUCUGCCUGUAGCCAUCUGCUGGUCACGGGCAAGGAAAGCCAACACUGGUGCAGGUCCAGCCUUUCCAAGCCCAGUGGGACCCAGGGAGGGUCCCCAAGGAAUGGUGGGGUGGGAUGGGAGGGUGCUCACGCUUCUGGCAUCAUCAAGUCUUCCAGUACCAACUCCAUGGUCCUCUCUGUGCUUAUUCCUGCUGGGAGCUGGGACUGGGGAGCAGCACCCUCUGCUCCAACCUGCUCCUGCUGCACUGUUACUUGAAUACAGGAAGGAGUUUCCCCUCCUCAACAUCAAUAUUCCAGUAGCAAAAUGUAUUCAAAUGUGAAGAGUAAAUUAUAUCUAUUAAUGAAAAAGCAUUAUGCAAAUAAUUAGGAGCAUGUAAAUUAAUUUUCUAUCUAUGCAUGGGAUGCAUACUGUAUAUUUUAUUAAAGACUUCAAUGACCUGC